GAAAUCGAGGCGGCUGGGCACCGCAGACGGCGCUGGAUGGAGGAACAUGGUCGGAAUCACAGUGCCAUAUAUUGCGCCAGUCCUUAGAGUCUCGAUGGCUCUGAACUCUAUUACCGAUUCACUUUCAUCCCCCGGGACGGUGCACAUGAGGAAGCUUGGCGACCAAACCCCGAUGUUUCAGCGGGCAACACAUCUCGACACCAACAACACUCAACGAAGACUAUAUCGAACAUGAGCUCCCUACGCUCUCUCCUGCCGGUCAUCGGCUCUUUCACCGCGUUUCUCUUGGGGAUUCUGUGUCUAUUCUCCGGGAGUCAACGCCAGUUCCUGCCGCAGGGCAAUCUUUUGACGCUGUACACCAGCGGCGCCGGCGGUGACGGGGCGCCAGACUUCUUCACCAUCUAUCCCAUGUCCUACUGCGUCGGGUACCAGGAAACCUGCGUGAUCGACGAGAAGUCGAACACCACGACCAUCCAGGACCGCAUCACCGAGUGCUCGGACCGCAGUGUCCUCUUCGAGUUCAACCCUGGCGACGCCAUCCAGCAAGCGCUGGGCAACCCUCCGACCGGUCUCCAGCCCGGCAGCUGGCCUUCCUGUAUCACCGAUGACUUCCACGCCUUGAAGCCCACGAACACUACGAUGGUGCUCUUCCUGAUUUUCGGAACGGUGGCUGCCAUUGUCGCCAUUGCCCUCCGUAUCUGGACGAUCGCGUCCGCCCGCGCCUCGCGACCGGAUUACGCCUCCCAGCCUCCACGCUACCCCGGCACGGGGACCGAGCUGGAGACGCCCCCGACUAGUGUGGAGUUCUAUGCUUUCCUGACCAGCGUGUUCAGCUUCGGGAUUGCGGCGACCAUCGCAAGUGUCAUCGCCAAGGAGUUUGUGGAUUUGAUCAGUGAGACCGGCAGCGAAAAGGGGAUCUCGGCGGUCGGGGGCAAUACCUUCCAGGGAAUGAUCUGGACGGCGGUGGUGUUGCAGUUGUUGGGGACGUUGCACGAUUAUAUUGCGAUUGUGACGUACCGGAGGGCGCUCAGCGAGGAGUAUGGAUCGCCGUCGUCGCCGCAGGGCGAGCAGUGCUCGGAACAAAAGCGGUUGGUGGUGGUGGAGGAGGAUGAUUGCUGAGAGGUUGGUUGUUUUGGUUAUUGGCGUUGCAUUUUUGGCGUCAGGUGGGGGAAUGAUA